CCGUCACGAUUGGUCAUAUCCACAGGAAUAAUAUACACCACACAACUAGGAUUUUGCCGUAACGCUAUGAAUUCCAAGUCCAAAUCCAAUCAAGACGAUAAACAUUGGCCGCCCAACCAGAUCUGAUCUCCGCCAUGGAUUUGCCUCCAUUUCUUUACCACCAACGGGAUCAAUCCAGGUAUAUCUCUCCUCCUCCUCCUCCUCCUCCUCCUCCUCCUUCCUCCGCCCCUCUUCCUCACCUUUUUUUUCCGGACGAUCCCAAUUUCCACUUCCCUUCCAAUCACCAUCAGGUUCUUCAUAACAUUCCCGAUAAAGGGCUAGAUUUCCCUCUGCGGCCGCCACCGCCACCGCCGUCGUACCGUCAUCCUACGAUUCAUCCACUCCCGUCACAAGCAUCGCCGCUAGGUUAUAAUCCCUCUCAACCACACUUUGUUGUUUCUUCCUCGAUUCACGAUGACCAAUUGAGGUCUCCCCACCCUAUUCGUGAAUUUCCGCGCUCCCCUCCGCUUUCCAGUCGAGUUUCUUUCGACGGAGGUUUUCACCGCGAUUUUGUUGACCUAAAUCAUUCGUUCCAUGAAACUCGGUUUGAUGUUUCGGAUCCAUCGAGAGGCUCUGCGGAUAAUCGACCUCCAAUUCCGCAUUCUCCUAUCGAUUUUCAGCAUGGAGCUGGCCACCGAGAAAUUGAUUACAGAUCUGUCAUGCCGUAUCCGCCCCCUGAUAUGUUUAGGUAUAGUUCAGGUAGUAGUUCUAGGAGGGGAGCGGAAUACAAUGAUAGAUUUCAGACAAAUCCAAGAGAAGAGGUGCUACGGGGACGAGGUGAGGAGAAUUAUUAUCACCACGAUCAGCUUAAAGCUGAUUCCAAUAUCACCUUUAUGGAAUCUGGAGCGUUGCAGAGUCCAUUAUCUAGAGAUAACAAAUUUACUUCUGGUAGUUUUGAUAAACAUCGCUAUGGCUCGAAUUAUGAAAAAGAAUCUUUUAGGAGUCGUAGGAAUGGUAAUGUGGUGGGUAAAAAUCAGAGAUGGGUUCAUAGCAAACAAACCUUUAGAAACAUGCACAAUUCGUACUCAGAUGGAAGCAAUGAUAGAGGAUAUGGUGACCGUUGUGAUUUUCGAAUUAUGUCUGGUAAGCAUGGACAUUCCAAUCCAGAAUCAGGAAAAUAUUACAGUGACAAUAAGGAUAGUAUAGAAGGUUAUAAUGAGUACGCGUCCACUCCACGGAAGCAGGUACAGAAAAAGAGUGCUUUUCUCAGAAUUCAGAUGGCAAAUCCUUGUCACAGUAACCGAGAGAGUGAACAAUUGCACGAUUCUGAUUAUUUCGAUGAGAAGAACGGUUUCCACAGAGGCAAAAAUCAGGUUCGAUCUCAGGGCUACAGAAUAGAUGCAGGGAAGAAGAGACAGGGAAGUCCUAUGGAGCUUGAUGUUUCUUUUAAAUCCAAUUCAUUGGUGGCCAAGGCGAUCGUGACACCAACACAGUCUGCUCCGACUUCUCAUAUGGAUAAAAUGCCUGGAUAUGAAAAAACUACAAAUGUUUUGGUUCCCGUUCCCCACCAUAACUCUACUGACUUGCAUUUAACGGGAAAGAACAAGGAUGAUUUAGGCACAAAUGAUGUUACAAAUCCUGCCCCAUGUCCCCCAGGUUCUAAAAAUGAGCUGAAAGAAUCAGAAGAGAAGGCUACAGGUUCGUUGGCUGGUAAUGGAUCUAACAAUUUAACAGAUGCUUCUCUGGUUAAGGGCAAUUAUUCACUUAGAAAAACUAACGUUGAACGACCUUCACAAGGAAUGGUGUCAGGUAUAAAAGGAAGGAAUGUUUAUGGAAAAGUAGCUACUGUGAGAACCAUGAAGAAGAAAAAGGUUGUGAGGAAAGUAGUGAAGAAGGUAGGAAGUCCCCGACUGUAUUUACAGACAAGAAACAGCAAUGUUGACCCUUUGAAAGCAUGUAGUUUGAAAAAUAUUCCGCCGGUGUCAGAAAACAAGUCUUCCACAUCUGGAAUGAACUCAGAUCAUGGUUCUGCGUUGAAGGCUUCUCUGCAUGGUAUGUCUGGAUCGCUAGAUAAUGGAAAAGCAGAUCAGUCUGUCCUGCCUAUAACAUCAGAAGAGUUUCAAGCCAACACUGAUAUGGGCUUGGAGUGUGUACCUGCAGAUGAUAGUAAUAAAAAUAACUUCGAUUCUCCAUUGAACCCCUUGAUAAAAGAGGCAAGAGGAUCUAAUUCUAAUAAGGAUCUUAAACUAUCAAAUGGACCUAAUGACUUCGAUUUUGAAUGUCAGAAGUCAAUCAAGCCUAAACUUUGUGGGAAUGAAGAAGAUUUGUCACUUGAGAAUGUAUAUAGUAAAGGGUCUAAAUCUAUCAUGUUUUCCCUAGGAAGCAGUCAGUCUGGAAUAGUGAGUUCAAAUGAUCCUAAUCUACAUGAUAAUCUUGUAAAGGGAAAUAGUUUGGCUGUUAAUAAAGACGUUCCCAUGGAUUUUGAUAAUGGGGUAACUCAGGUUCAAGAUAAUUCACUUUGUGAAACUUUUUUAGCUGAUGGAAUUUGCCAGCAAUGUGCCAACAGGGUAACUGGACCUCCUGAGACUGAUGUCGUGGGAGUAUCUGCAGCAAAAGUUACAAUUAGAAAUUCUUUGGUGGGCGUAAAUCCAGAAGCAUCGGAAAUGCAGCAGAUUGAUUCCAAAAAUUUGCAAGUCUAUAACAGUGGACAACAUACUAAUCAAGAUUCAAAUGACUGUCGUCAGUGUACUAAUAUACGAGUGAAUGAGGUUCUUAAUUGUGAGAGGAUUGGUAGUGCAAUGAGAGAAUCGAAAGCUAUGGAUAGUUCUGUUUCACUAGGUAUUAGUUCGGUAGAAAGAUCUGCCAAAGAUAAGGUUUCAAUUAGUGGUGGACAAGGUGAGAAAUCUUUGUCAAAGAUGAGUAAAAUUAAAAAUUGUUUGGAUUUUGCAGGUUCUCGUGACAUCAAUCAGAAGACGAAUUCUGAGGAUUUAUGUGUACGUUCUAAUUCUAAAAAUUAUUGCCCUUCAGAGCAGGGUGUUUCUGGUGAUGGAAGCAUAAUAAUAGAUGUAAAUCCUACCACCACUGAAGAGAGUCCAAUGCCUGAUUUCAAUUUAUUAGGUAAGUCGUCAAAAAAUAAGUUGUCAAUGGGCUUUGAUGUUAAUAAUAGAGGAAAUGACAUCAAGUCCCGAAAGAAGCGAAAGAUAUGCAUUGCUAGUCCUGUUUUGCCUUGCCCCAGUGUUGAAUCUAAUGAAGGGCCUGCACUUACAGUCAUCUCUAGUUUAAACGAUCAGUUAACCUCUAAUGUUGAGUUAAUGGAAGGAGAGGAGGUUGCAGCAUCUACUGUGGAUGCUUUUUUCAAAGCUAGUCCUGUUUCUACAGAUUGUUCGAAAGGGAUCAGCAAGAUGCUCGAUGAGAUACCGAAAAAAGAAGAUUCCAAAAAAAUAAAUAUUGAUGAUGGUCCUUUUGAGUAUUGCUUGAAAUAUGAACAACCAGAAAACUCUCGCUCAAUCCAGGAGGAGUUGAUUGUUUCAAAAUGUCAACCACUUUCUUCAUUGGGAAAUGAGAAAGAAGACAGCAGUACUCCCACAAUGGCACCAAAUCAAAGAAAUGAUAUGGAUGUAGUGAUUUGUAGAAGAAAAGAACUAAAUAUUCAUGCUGAAGCACAAUCUAUGCUUUGUAAUAAGACUGCACAGUGGGAUAGUCCUCAAGUUCCAUCCUCUCAGACCUUAAAUUUUUCAUAUCCAGAAGCAGUUAAAGCGUCUUGUAAUCUUGGCCAGGAUAAUGUGCAUCAUAUAGAAAGAUGCGCUGAUGGUGGCAGCUGCCUCACUGCCAAUUCUGACAAUGAAAUUAUAGGCAUUGCGAGUGACACCCAAGGUGAUUUGGGUUCUCCAGAAACCUCCAAUGUUCAAGGGAUAGAUAAAUUACAUUGUGAGGUAUCUCUCAGAAAUAUUGACUUCAAAAUGGAUUGUGAAUAUGACAAAAAGGUGAAGGAGAAAUCUAGUGCUGAAAAUGAAUUAAGGGCAUCGAAUGAUACUUCAUUUCCACAGCCUACGACCAUUAAUCAGAAAUUAGGUUGCACCAAUUCUGACAACAAUUUGACUGCUGGCAAAGUAGUACCACGGGCAUUGGUAGAAUUAAAAAGUGGACUCCAAGCUGACAAUCAUUCUGCCAACUCGUGCAAAAAAAAUCAGAAUAUGGUUUAUCACAAAUAUCAGACAAUUCCUGGUAAAUCUUUUUCCACAUGCACUGCUUCAAAGAAGAUAGCAUCUGAUAAAAGUUUUCUUGGUACAAAACCCCGAAGUUGGCAUCGGAAUGUUAACACUUUAGUUCCAGCUCCUGGAAAUGCGGCUUUAUCAAGUACUAUUCCUUCUCAAGGGCAGUUACAUGGUGGAGAUGGAAUGCUUGAGAGUACUUUGUACAUUCGUAAAGGUAACAGCCUAGUUCGAAAACCAUCUCCAGUUGCAGCUCGAGUUUCAGGCUCCCAUGAUUUAAGUUCAAGCUCAUCUGAUCAACAUGAUUGCAGACCUAAUAUAAAAUCUAAUGGUAAGGUUGAGGUGGCUAAUCCUCCUGUCCAUUUUAAAGUAAGGGGAACUGAUGUUCCUAUUGAUAAGCCCUUUCCUCCCCAACUAUCUAGUGGGUCUGGGUCGCCCAAUCAUCCUAUUCCCAAUGCAGAUUAUGCACCAUCUCCUUGCCAUGAACCUGAAUCAAAUCUCACGAAGUCUAAACAUGUUAGUGAUCUGUCUAGGUCUGUUGGGGAUCCCUCGAAGAUUUUUGUAGCUCCUAAAAGCCUGGUUGGUACUGCUGAUAAGAAAGAACAUCUGACUGAAAAAAAAGACAAGAAUUUUGUUUCUUCAGUUGUAAAAAAGAUGGUGUAUGUAAAGCGCAAGUCAAAUCAGUUGGUUGCUACUUCAAAACCCUGUAAUUUAUCAACUAAAAAUAUGGAGACUACUUGUUCCUUGGCCUCCGAUGGCUAUUACAAGAGGAAAAAGAAUCAGUUGAUCAGGGCAUCAUCAGAAUGUCAGAAGAAGCAGACUUCACUCCCCACCGAAGAUAUUUUGAACCCAGGAGGUCCAAGCUCUUAUGGGGAUGGAGAUGCUAGAAGUUUUGAUAAGAGACAACAAUAUAAAGCUGUAGUGAAAACAUAUAGGCCGUCAAAGUCCUCUUUGGUAUGGACACUUCGCAGUUCUGUUGCUCCAGGAAUUGUUGGUGGUAAUUUGCAGAAUCAUAAGAUGGCUCCUCGUCUUUUUCCUUGGAAAAGAUCACAUUGGCAGACCUUCAAGCUAAACGCUUCUACUCAGAGAAACAGCUCUUUCUCUAUUGUCAGAAAAUUGUUGCUGAUGAGGAACAGGAACACAGUUUAUAAAAGAUCAAAACAUGGAUUUUCACUUAGAAAAUCCAAGGUACUAAGUAUUGGCAGGUCUAGUUUAAAGUGGUCCAAAUCCAUUGAAAAGCACUCAAAGAAAGCUAAUGAGGAAGCUACGAGGGCAGUUGCUGAUGUCGAAAGGAAGAAAAGGGAGCGUAAUUUGGAUGCAUCUAUUUCCUCUGAUGCUCCGGGUGGAAAUCAGUUCUCCUAUGACCAAGCAUCUGGUUCUACUACUCUGCAACCAAAAAAGAGUGCUAAGAAAUUUUUUAUUCCACGGAGUCUAAUGAUUGGAAAUGACGAAUAUGUUAAGAUUGGAAAUGGCAAUCAAUUAGUCAGAAAUACAAAAAGACGAGCACGCAUAUUGGCAAAUGAGAAAAUUCGAUGGAGUUUGCACACUGCAAGACAGCGUCUGGCUAAGAAGCGGAAGUACUGUCAAUUUUUCACAAGAUUUGGCAAGUGUAACAAAGAAGGUGGCAAGUGCCCUUAUAUUCACGACACUUCCAAGAUUGUAGUCUGCACAAAAUUUCUUAAUGGUUUAUGCUCUAACGCAAGCUGCAAAUUGACUCAUAAGGUCAUUCCAGAAAGGAUGCCUGAUUGUUCAUACUUUUUACAGGGUUUAUGCAGCAGCAAAAAUUGUGCUUAUAGACAUGUAAAUGUGAACUCAAAGGCCCCUACUUGCCAGGCUUUUCUCAGGGGUUAUUGUGCUCUUGGUAACGAGUGCCGUAAGAAGCACAGUUAUGUAUGCCCCUUGUUCGAAGCAACAGGUACAUGUCCUGAUAGACCCAAGUGCAAACUUCACCAUCCUAAAAGACAAACUAAAGGAAGAAAAAGGAAACGAUCAGAAGGGAAGAAUAACGAUCAAGGACGGUACUUUGGUUCUAAGAAAUACGAUGUUUCUGGGUCGAGAAUGGUGGUGAGUGAGAAGCAUCCUGUUAAGUUGAGUGACCCUUUUCCUGAAAAAGAUCUGGCAGAUUAUAUCAGCCUUGAUGUUUCUAGUGAUGAAGAGAUUGCAGAAAGCCCCGACUCAACGAGCUUGAGUACGUCCUUUUGCGAAGGUUACCUCUCAGAGUUACUACUAAACAAUCCCGACAAGCUAAUCAAACCAGUUCGGAUAAUGACCGAGAAUCUGACGAUGCAAUCGCUGGCAAACUGAGCUGCCUGCUGCUGAUUCUGUGCCAGGUUUGUGUCCAAUCUCUCACCACUACAGUUUAGUUUAGUGUAUACCUGCUCUGCCAAUAUCUGUAACACACAAUCACAGUUUAGGUUCUUUAGUAUAUAGCUUUUAGUUUUUCUUCUCAGUGCAGAAUUGUGAAAAACUUCCCUUCUGCCAUUACUGUAAAUCAACAUUUUAAUGUGAAAGGAAUGAAAUGAUUUUAUUAGAAGUGGAUGCGAUAA